GCGAGCCAUGGCGGGCCCGCCGCUGCCGCCGCUGCUGCUGCUGCUGCUACUGCUGCUGGCCGCUGCGACCGCAACAGCCGGCAAUGGCGUGGUGGACGUGCUGGAGGCGGCGCUGUUGAGCGCUCUGCCGCGAGGCGUCAACCGCACGGAGGGCAGGUGCCCGGGCGCGGGAGCCUACCACAUCAGCAAGCACGCGCUCAGCAGCGUCCACACCGCAGAGCUCUUCCCGGAAGGCUUCCCCAAGGACUUCUCCAUCCUCAUGACCACACGCCUGCAGCCCGGCAUGGAGCAUGCGGUGCUGUUCACCAUCUACGACGACAUGGGCGACGAGCAGCUGAGUGUGUCGCUGGGCAAGGAUGUGACACUGCUCUACCAGGACGACGGUGCUGACGGCAGUAACAACUCCAUCAGCUUCGGAGUCUCCACUGCCGAUGGAGAGUGGCACCGACUGGGCUUCAGCGUGAAGGGCGACGCGGCGACGCUCAUCACCGACUGCGGCCAGACGGUGACCCGCGAGCUGCGGCGCUCGCUCGACUCCACCAUCAGCAACGACGGCGUUCUCUUCCUGGGACAGCAGUUGCAGGACGAGGAUUUCUACGCGGGGGACGUGGAGCUGCUGGCCAUAGCACCAGUGCCGGACGAGGCGUACGAACUGUGCCGCGACCACUCCGUGGACUGCGAAGAAUCUCGGUACAGCGCUCUGGAGGGCAACGCUGAUGAUGACGGCGACGGCGACGGCGACAGCGAAGGCGACUCAGACGCGGAAGGGGAGGGGGACGCUGACUUCAACGAUGCUGGCGAGGAUCAGACAACCAUCCCACCCUCGCCCCCAUACUCUGAAGGAUCCGGAGAAGAAAACUGGUCAGGAGUAGACUAUGAUGCACAAAGAAGCUACAGUGGCUACGGUACCGUCAUUCCUGUGCGUGGCCCACCAGGGCCGAGGGGAUACAUGGGACCACCUGGGCCCCCAGGACCACCAGGCCCCAAGGGCCAGCCUGGAAGAGAUGGACUAGGAGGAACAAAUGGCAUUCCAGGGCCUCCAGGACAUGUAUUCCUCAUUCCUAUGAACAUUCAAGGUAAUGAAAAGGGUCCAGAUCACCAAGCAGAGCAGUUUCGACAAAUGUUAUCACAACAUAUGAUGGCUAUGAGAGGAUCUGAAGGUCCAAUGGGAUUAACAGGCAUUCCAGGACCUGAAGGUCCUGUUGGUCCAGAAGGACAGAAGGGAGAACCUGGGGACAUUGGAGAACCGGGUCCACGCGGUCUGCGGGGAAUGAUGGGGCUACCAGGGAGAGAGGGAAGAAGAGGAAGGCCAGGCAGGGAUGGAGAACGUGGCAUCACAGGACCAAUGGGCAUGAAGGGUGAACAAGGGAUACAAGGGCAACCAGGUUUACCUGGUGAGAAAGGUGAUCGAGGCUAUCCUGGUAGUCCUGGAGCACCUGGUCUUCCAGGACAUGAUGGAAUGCAGGGUGAAGAAGGACCUAGUGGCUUACCAGGACUGCCUGGUGAACUGGGACCAAGGGGUUUUCCAGGGCCUAGAGGUUUUCCGGGUCUUCCCGGUCCUCCAGGUAUUCCUGGCAGUGAAGGCCCUAUAGGGCCGAAAGGAAAUAAUGGACCACCUGGUCAGCCUGGACCCCCAGGGCAGACUGGUCCUGUUGGUCCAGUAGGACCUCCAGGGCCACAAGGACAACUUGGGCCUCCAGGACUGGCUGGACCUCAAGGUAAGCCUGGAAUACCAGGUCUGCCAGGAUCAGAAGGGUCCCCAGGACAUCCAGGAAAUCCAGGCAGCCCAGGGUCAAAGGGGGACACAGGUCCACAAGGACCUCAGGGUCCUGUUGGUUUUCCAGGACCAAGAGGUGUGAAAGGAGAUGAAGGAAAGAGAGGAAGUACAGGAGACAAAGGAGACAAAGGAGAUAGGGGUGCUGAUGGUGAGAAAGGAGACAUGGGGAUGAAAGGAGAAAGAGGAGCCACUGGUCCACAAGGUAUACCUGGACUUGAAGGGCCUGAAGGUCCAAAGGGAUUUGAUGGACCAAGAGGUGAGGCAGGUCCACCUGGUUUCCCAGGGGAGAAGGGCAAGAUAGGUAUGCCAGGAUUUGCAGGUUAUCCUGGACCUCCUGGAGAGAAGGGUGACAAAGGCGCUGAAGGAAAAACAGGGCAACCUGGUGACAAAGGUGACAGGGGAAAUCCUGGCCAGCCUGGGGAGAGAGGAGAAACUGGUCCUAGAGGUUUCCGUGGAUCAAGAGGAAGAAGAGGUGUAGAAGGUAUUCCAGGACCAAAGGGUGACACUGGCCAACCUGGUCCCCCUGGGUCUCCUGGAGAACCUGGACCACAAGGACCAGAUGGAAUGAGAGGAUUUAUUGGACCACAGGGUCCCCCAGGACCAAAUGGCAAGGAUGGUAUCCAAGGACCUCCUGGAGAAAGGGGCCCUCCAGGCGAGCCUGGACCACCAGGGCCAGCAGGGGCACCUGGGGUAGUUGGACCACCAGGCCCAAUGGGAGAGCCUGGACCUAUGGGUGAGCCUGGAAACCCCGGGCACCCUGGAUUGCCAGGUGAGCCAGGACAUCCUGGAGAAGCAGGAAAGGAAGGACCAUCUGGUCCUCCUGGUCCACAGGGAAAACCUGGUCCUCCAGGUGGACCAGGACUGCCAGGGUUCCCUGGGGAAAGGGGACUUCCUGGGUUACCCGGUAUGCCUGGCCUUAAAGGUGACACUGGGCCAAUUGGUCCCCCAGGUCCUGCAGGAGACAAAGGUCAACAAGGUGAACCUGGUAAGGAGGGACCACCUGGUCCAGAAGGAAGAAAAGGCCCACAGGGUCCACCAGGAGCAACAGGAGCCAAAGGAGACAGAGGGGAACCAGGGGGGCCUGGCCCUACAGGCAGGGAUGGACUGCCUGGGCAGCGUGGGCUGCCAGGACCUCCAGGACCAAUGGGUCCUCCUGGGGAAGAUGGUGACAAAGGAGAAACAGGACCACCAGGAGAGAAGGGAUUCAAAGGAGCCCGAGGAGAAUCUGGCCCAUCAGGUCCACCAGGUCCUAUGGGCCCACGUGGAGAACCAGGGCCUAUAGGGCCAGCAGGAGAUAAAGGUCCCCCAGGAGAAAUAGGCCGACAGGGUGCUAAAGGAGAAGAUGGCCCACCAGGUGUGGCUGGGCCAGCUGGUCCUCCAGGACCUCAAGGCCUUCCCGGACCCCCAGGAAUCAAAGGAGAGAUGGGAGAUGAUGGAGCCAGAGGACCAGAAGGACCAGCAGGACCUCCAGGAGAGCCAGGGCCUCGAGGCAGCAAGGGUGGGGAUGGAAUGCCAGGACCGCCUGGCCCUGAAGGGCUACAGGGUCUCAAAGGAGAACCCGGCAAUCCAGGACCUCCUGGGCCCCCUGGUAUUGAUGGGAAACAUGGAGAGAGGGGGCCACCAGGACCAAAGGGAGAUGAAGGCAAGGCUGGAGUACAGGGUUCUCCUGGUCCUCGAGGUCCAAUAGGUCCUGAAGGACCAAAGGGCAAUCCUGGACCACCAGGCUUCCCUGGACCUGCAGGUGAGCCAGGAUUGGUUGGGCCAAAGGGUGAUGCUGGGAAAGAUGGAGAAGAUGGCAGGCCAGGAUCUCCUGGGCCUCCAGGAGAAGCUGGGCCACCAGGAAAAAUGGGCCCCGUGGGGGCACCUGGAAAGGUGGGCCCUGAAGGUCCUGCAGGUCAACAGGGGAGUACAGGAAGCCCAGGGGAGAAAGGUGACAGAGGAAUUCCUGGCCCUCCUGGACUACAAGGUCCUGUGGGACCUCAAGGAAACCCAGGACCUCCAGGACCCCAGGGAGUCAGAGGUUCACCAGGACCUGCUGGUGAUGUAGGUCCACCUGGGAAAUCUGGUGCAGACGGGCAGCCAGGAAAGGUUGGUGAACCAGGUGCCAGAGGACCUAAAGGUGAGAGAGGUCGACGUGGACCAAAAGGACAUCGAGGUGAUAUUGGUUUGGUUGGACACAAAGGUUCACAGGGUGAAAAAGGUGAAAAAGGAGACAAGGGACCAAGAGGACCUCAGGGACCCAAAGGAAAUCCUGGUCCCUCAGGUCCUGCUGGUCAGAAAGGGAGUGAUGGACCUCAAGGACUGCCAGGAAUGGAAGGCCCUCCAGGUCCAAAAGGAUCUGAAGGAGUAGCAGGAAUGAAGGGAGAGCCAGGUCCGGCAGGACCCCCAGGGCCCCCAGGGCCUCCAGGGGAACUGCCACUCUUACCUCCAGAGCUACUGUUCCACCGAGAAGCUGGCAGGGAAAAGAGAGCACUUAAGGAUUUAGAAGACAUGGUUUUGGAAGAAAUGACUGCUGAGCCAAAGGAAGACCUAGGCGGGAAAUUCUUGGACAUGUAUAGCUCAAUAUAUACAAUGAGACAAGACCUGGAUCGCAUAAGAAAGCCUGUUGGUACACGUGAAAACCCAGUACGAACUUGCAAGGAUCUCUUCUAUGGGCAUCCUCAGUUUAAGGAUGGAUGGUACUGGAUUGAUCCCAAUUUAGGAAUGCCCGAUGAUGCCAUAUAUGUGUACUGCAAUAUGACUGGCAGUGGGGAAACCUGUGUUUUUCCUGACAUACAUUCUCGUCAGAUGCCAAAUAUCCAGUGGAGGAAGGAAAGUGAUAAAAAUGAGUGGUAUUCCAAUCUUCGAGGAGGAUUCCGGAUAACUUAUGAGACUGUUGGAGUAGUCCAGAUGACAUUCUUGAGGCUGCUCAGUCAGGAUGCAUAUCAAAACUUCACCUAUACAUGCAUCAAUUCAGCGGCUUGGUAUAGUCUCAAAAGUCAAAAUCAUGACAUGGCCAUCAAACUACUGGGAGAAAAUGAGGUUGUGUAUAGUUUUGAUGGUAUUAAGCCAGACAUCCUUAGUGAUGGCUGCAAGACACGGAAAAGCAAAAGUGAGACUGUAUUUGAAGUAAGAACUAAAAAACUUGAGAAUGUUCCCAUAAUAGAUUUCUAUCCUGUGGACUAUGGUCUACCACAUCAAGCAUUUGGCUUCGAGGUGGGCCCAGUAUGCUUCAUAUGAUGUGAUCAUAGGUGUAUUCCGGAGAUAAUUGACUGAACAUAAUAUCUGAAUGAAUGUUGAAAUAAAUUUAAAUGUAGUGUUCAACUGUAUUGCUUGUGUGAUGUGAAACUUAUCAGAUGCAAUAGAAAUUAUAUUGUGAUGUUUAUAUUACAUUAAAAACAGAUUACAAUAUUGAAA